CCAAAACAUCUCAGCACCUUUGCAUACUUGAGGUGGGGAGGGGCAAGGCUCAUAACACACUGUUCUGCAGUUGACCAAUUCAAGGGAACUUGCAGAGCUAGUCCGAAGCACAACUCUUGCACAUUUGCACAGAGAGAGAGAGAGAGAGAGAUCUCAGAGCAGUAAUCUCAGUCAGCGGAUUUCUUUCACAUCCAUCAUGCCUUUCGAGAAGGAUCCUGACGAGAAUCGUACCUUACCGGCGUUUGACACCACUACCAUUCCUCCAUGGCUCCUCCAAGCGAUGAAUGAUGAUGAUUGAGCUCAAAGAGCGACCACUGCAACUGGCUUGAUGCGCCAUGUCUUCAGCUGAUUAGAGCGACAGCGGAAGAAUAUGUUGACUCCCUGAACCUGCAGAGUCAAAGUGGAUGAUUGUAUCUAAUGGCAAAUGACUGCUAUAAGAUCCUAACAAGUCACUUGCAUGUGACCGACCGAUCAAUCUCCUAUGCAGCUCAAUCUGUACAUUAUGAUGCACUGGUGAAACUCAAGCGGUGUGACUAUGGUGGGCCUCUUCGAUGGCGAAGGAGAACGAAAGCAGAAGAACCUAAUUACGCUCUUAGUUGAAUAUCCGAAUGUACAGGGCAUUAGAUUCAGUUCAUGCCAUGUAGAAUCAGCUGGGUACCGUGCGAAUUCUUAGAUUAUCGUUGUACAUAAGAUAUGACCUGAAACAGAUAUACAGGGUUCCUGUGACCAUGAUUGACAUUCUUUGUGGUGCACAUCAUUGCACCUAGAUUCAUUUCAGCA